AUGUGCGAGGUGACUGAUGUUUACGCUCAGAUGCUGAUCGGUGCAACUGCCGAGGUAGAUGUCGCUAUGAAUCAAUUGCAUGGAAGACCUGGCGAAGAAGAAGGGUUGCAGUAUGGCGCAGACUGGAAUGGUGUGGUGUCUGAAGAAAGGAGUCAAUCCUAUCGUUGGAUUGUCAAGCAGUUCAAGGGUGGAUGA